AUGAGCACGGCAAAUUUUCAGGUGAGAAAAUCGCUGGCAAUUCUUAUUCAGCACGCAGUCGUAACUUUCAAAAUGGAUUCUUCGACGAGAUUGAACUAUUCUGUUGAUAGAAAAGCAAUUCUGGCGUUCUCCAAGGCUCCAAGAUGUUGUCUCAUAGUGAAAACGCUAUACGGAGGACUAGCUGAAGCAAUAUGUGAGGAAUUAUUCAGUUAUGGUCGACUUACAUGUUCAGACGUAAUUCGAAAGGUUUCUGCUCGUCUGGAACAACCCUUGGCCGAUGUG